AAGGAGGCCGAGGGACGGCUCUCUGCGAAGGAGACCUCGUCCGAAGCGGAGGGAGGAGGGGCACGGAGCCUCGGCGGGCCCUCCUCGUGGCCUGCGGGGCUGCUCUGCUGCGCUGAGCCCGGACGUGGGCGUGCAGCCCCAGGAGCCCUGAACACAGGGGGUCGCCCUGGCAGGAGCCUGCACCCACAGCAACAAUGGCAUCCGUGGACUUCAAGACGUAUGUGGACCAGGCGUGCAGGGCCGCCGAGGAGUUCGUCAACGUCUACUACAGCACCAUGGACAAGCGGCGGCGCCUACUGUCCCGCCUAUACAUGGGCACCGCCACCAUGGUGUGGAACGGCAAUGCCGUCUCAGGACACGAGUCCCUGAGUGAGUUCUUUGAGAUGCUACCUUCCAGCGAGUUCCAGAUCAGCGUGGUGGACUGCCAGCCUGUGCAUGAUGAAGCCACGCCGAGCCAGACCACGGUGCUUGUGGUAAUCUGCGGCACGGUCAAGUUCGAGGGCAAUAAACAGAGGGACUUCAACCAGAACUUCAUCCUCACCGCACAGGCCUCGCCUAGCAACACCGUGUGGAAGAUAGCCAGUGACUGCUUCCGCUUCCAGGACUGGGCCAACUAGCGGGGGGGCCCAGCAGGCCCUCGGCUUUGGCCCCAGAUCUCAGGAAGUGGGGGACCCCGGUUCCCAGCUGUGCCGAGGACCAGGUUGGCCUCUCCCGACGCCAGGAGCCUCUCCAGAGCGUGUUUUGACGGGUCCCUGUUGCCUUUUAAGCAAACUUUUCUAUUUUUCUACUUGCUCAGUAGAGUUCCCAGUUCUGGAAGUGCUGACAACAUAAUAUACACAUCACUAUUGUUCCUUUUA